ACACUUCGAAGGGGAGGAUGUUUGCUUUGCUCUCGCAAGCCAUUUUAGCACAACAUGGUCAGUCAUAGUCCGACAGCCAAUGGUGAGUGCGCUCUGGUUGGACUUGCCUCUGCCUCGCCAGUCCCUUCUCGUGCUGCUGUCCUCGGCGUGAACGCGCGUGGUACCCAACGCUCGUGAAGAGGAGGAGGAGGAUGUGGCGCGCGGAGGGGAAAUGGCUGCCGAAAACAAGCCGGAAGGACUGAAGAAAAUCCGUAAUCCGGAUCGAAUGUACAGAUCAGCUGUGUGUUAUUCGGCCCAUGCUCCUCCUAAGAGUGUCAGUGAUGACACAGAGACGAACAAUGAACAUGGACAUUUGAAAAUAUACCUGCCCAAAAAGCUGCUUGAAUGUCUACCAAAAUGCUCCACGUUGCCAAAGGAGAGACACAGGUGGAACACCAAUGAGGAAAUUGCAGCAUACUUGAUAACCUUUGAAAAGCAUGAAGAAUGGUUGACAACCUCCCCUAAAACAAGGCCACAGAAUGGGUCGAUGAUCCUUUACAAUAGAAAGAAGGUGAAGUACAGAAAGGACGGCUACUGCUGGAAAAAAAGGAAAGAUGGGAAGACCACGCGGGAGGAUCACAUGAAGCUUAAAGUGCAAGGAGUGGAGUGUCUAUAUGGCUGUUACGUUCACUCCUCCAUCAUCCCCACCUUCCACCGCAGGUGCUACUGGCUUUUACAGAACCCAGACAUCGUGCUGGUCCACUACUUGAAUGUGCCAGCUAUUGAGGAUUGUGGGAAGCCAUGCGGGCCCAUCCUGUGCUCCAUCAAUACGGACAAGAAAGAAUGGGCCAAAUGGACGAAGGAGGAGCUAAUUGGCCAGCUGAAACCCAUGUUUCAUGGCAUCAAGUGGACUUGCAGCAAUGGGAACAGCAGCUCUGGCUUCUCUGUGGAGCAGCUGGUGCAGCAGAUACUGGACAGCCACCAGACCAAGCCCCCUCCCAGGACUCACAACUGCCUCUGCACUGGCACUCUGGGUGCUGGGAGCAGUGUGCAUCAUAAAUGUAACAGCGCCAAACACCGCAUUAUCUCUCCCAAAGUUGACCCUCGUUCAGGAGGCUACAGCAGCACCCACUCUGAGCUCCAGAAUAAUGAUGUGUCAGAGGGUAAGACAGAACACAGCCACAGCAGCAAGAACAGCAGCGGGUCAGGAGGAGGGAGCGUACGUGAGAAACGCAACGGCAAAGUUCACAAACCUGUUCUGCUGCACCAAAAUAGCACUGAGGUCUCCUCCACCAAUCAGGUGGAAGUGCCAGACACGACCCAGAACUCCCCUGUAUCCAUCAGCAGCGGGCUCAACUCAGACCCUGACAUGGCUGACAGCCCAGCGGUAACAGGCAUGGGCCAUGUUGCCUCUGUCAUGGGCAGCCUAUCCCAGAGUGUUUUCAUGUCUGAGGUGACUGGGGAUCCCGUCUACAGUAUGUCCCCCACCGGAGGCCCCAAUACCCAUAUUAUGGGCCCUGAUGCCAAUCCUCACAGCCUAGUUCUAGCCGUCACCUCUGACAGCCACAAGUUUGCCUUUCCAGGAAGCGGGAGCGCAGAUGCAGGUGGUCCCGGAGCAGAUGGUUUGUCAAUGCUGUCUGCCUCCAGCGUCUCUGAGGAGCUUGUCCUCUCCAGCAGCCUAGACUCCAGCAGCAUCAAGAUCCCAGAAACCACUAUGAACUUUGAUCCUGACUGCUUCCUGAAUAACCCGAAGCAGGGCCAGACAUAUGGGGGAAAUGGACUGAAGCAGGAGAAUGUCGCAUCCAGUGCCUCAUCCUCCUCAACAGCUAACACCAAUGGUUUGCAACGUUCGCCAACUAUAUCAGAUCCAACCUACAGCUUUAGUUCUGCACUAGUAAAAAACAUCAAGACCGAGGACACCUCCUUCGAACAACAGCUUGCCAAAGAGGGGAACUACCAGGUAGGGCCAGUCGUAAGCUGUAGCGUAUCUAAUGGUGGUGGACAGAACUCACUCAGCUUGACUCCUGCUUCCUCUCUGCUGCCCUCUGGAGGUGGCCUAAGUCCAAGCACCACCUUGGAGCAGAUGGACUUCAGUGCCAUUGAUGCAAAACAAGACUACUCCACCGGUCCCACCGCAGUAGGAUAUACACAGGCAAUGAACAGCUUGGCCCACCAGAACCGAUCUCCAAGCUUUUUCCUUCAAGAACCACCACAGCCAUCCCAAAACCAGCAAGGUCGGCAGAGCUCCAGCCAGAAGGGCCACAUGAUGGAACAUAGCACCCCUGAUGGGACCUACAUGGGUCUGCAGGUUGUCAAGACAGAAUCGCCUGGGAGUAAUGGUCACCUCCACCACCAUCACGCCCACCAAGGCCAGCACAGACCCAACUGCAAUGGAGGCUCACCCACUGAGGUGCAGGGACAGGCUGGCUCACUGCAGCUCCUCCAAUAUCAGGGAGGUUUCCCAGGUCUUGGUCCAGAGCAUGAGGAAGUGGUCGGGAUGGAUCAGAGCCGCAAUGUUGGUGCCGGUCAAGCUGGGGUCACUGAAAACGGAACAGAUGGUUUGCUAAAGUCCGGGGAUCAUCUGCAAGCUUGCAGCGGAGGAGGAGAGACUGCAGGAGCAGAUCACUUCAUGCAGCAGAGCUCUGAGAAUGGAGCAGGAGCUGAAGCUGUAGCUUUGAGGAAUGGAAACAGCACAAACGGGCCCAACAACGGCUCACAACAACAACUCCAGCCACUGCUUCAGGGGGCUAAUUUGGUUCAGGGGCUCUACAACACCCACCACGGGCUUAGUGGAACCGGAGCCAAUGGUGGUGGAGGCACGGGAAUGGAAAUCAGCUUGGAUCAUUUCGACAUCUCUUUUGGAAACCAGUUUUCAGAUCUAAUCAAUGACUUCAUCUCGGUGGACAGUGGAGCCACAGCUGUAGGGGCCACAGGGACGUUAUAUACCCACCAGUUGGUGGCCCCGCCUGGGUCUGAUGGAACAGCCAACUCUGGGGGGAACCAACAGCAAGGUCAAGAGGAUGCAAGCAACAGGACGGCAGGAUACAGCUCCUCGGAACUCUGCCUCCAGUCGUGCUGCAGCCCCCAGUCUUUAGGUGGAGGCGCUGGUGCCGGUGGAGGGUCGGGAGAGACAGGCUCACUGGCAUACAUGCAUGUCGCAGAAGUAGUGUCAGCAGCAGUGGCCCAGGGCACUCUAGGAAUGUUGCAGGCCACCGGCCGACUUUUCAUGGUCACAGACUACUCUCCAGAGUGGUCCUACCCAGAGGGUGGUGUGAAGGUCUUAAUCACAGGCCCAUGGCAGGAAGACAGCAGCAGCUACACUUGUCUGUUUGACCAGAUUUCUGUCCCUGCUUCCCUCAUCCAGCCUGGGGUUUUACGUUGCUACUGUCCCGCCCAUGAUACUGGCUUGGUGACUCUACAGGUGGCUGUUAGUAAUCAAAUCAUCUCUAACUCAGUAGUGUUUGAGUAUAAAGCCCGUGCGCUCCCCUCCCUGCCUUCAUCCCAGCACGACUGGCUGUCACUUGACGAUAACCAGUUCAGAAUGUCCAUCCUGGAGCGUCUGGAGCAGAUGGAGCGCAGGAUGGCUGAGAUGGCCGGUCAGCAGCAGCAGGGCAGUGGAGGAACAGCUGGAACUGGAGGAGGUGGAGGAGGAGGAAACGGAGGUGCUAAUAGCCAGUCUCAGUGUAUUUCGGGACAGGCAGGAAGCUCUUUUGAGAGUCGUGUGGUGGUCGUUUGUGAGAAGAUGAUGAACCGGGCCUGCUGGGCCAAAUCCAAACACCUGAUUCACUCCAAGACCUUCCGGGGCAUGACCUUGCUACACCUUGCCGCAGGCCAAGGCUAUGCCACCCUCAUUCAGACUCUCAUCAAAUGGCGCACGAAGCAUGCAGACAGCAUUGAUCUGGAACUGGAGGUGGACCCUCUCAACGUGGAUCACUUCUCUUGCACUCCAUUGAUGUGGGCUUGUGCAUUGGGUCACCUGGAGGCAGCAGUGGUCUUAUACAAGUGGGACCGGAGAGCACUGGCCAUCCCAGAUUCUCUUGGACGUCUGCCCCUCUCUAUCGCUCGCUCCCGUGGCCACACCAAGCUGGCGGAGUGUUUGGAACAGCUCCAGAGGGAGGAACAGCAGCAGCAGACCCCGUCCUCUUUACCCCCCGCCUCCAGCAUGUCUUUCUCUCCCAACCCUGACAUCCCCACCUCCAACAGCUGGAUGGUCAGCUGGGCCAGCGACAGUAUGGUGGCGCCCAGCGGGCAGAACACUGGCACUGCCACCACUACUACAAACUCUUGCAGCAACCAGAACCCCGAUUUGAGAAGGCCCAGAUCAGAGCCCUCCAGCUACUACAGCAACGAAUGCCAGAGGGAUCUCCCCCUCGCCAAGAAACACAAGCCCAACCCUGAGCUGGUUCAAGCACAGCUGGAUAAGCCCAUGUCAGUUCCCUUGAACAUGGAGCAACAGACACAUAAACUGUCAACCAGCCCUAAGACCACCCCAUCCAGCCCGGAUAAGAGUGUCUCUGAGGAGGGUUUGGGCACAGGGAGCAUCCCACAAAUUAAGAUGUCCUCUUUCCGUGGUGGACAUAAAUGGAGCACCAGAGAGGGGCUCAGGAAGAGCAGCAUUAGCAACAUGGGGAAGGAGAAGUUGGCCAACCGGUUGAGACAGCGUGGCGAGUCCCUCAGCAUGCUGGGAAUUGUGGAGAGGGAGAUGGUAAACACUGAGAUGCUUUCUUACAAGGAGGAUCAAGAGAACCAGGACUGCCUCUCGCACAUGGAAGACCUGCAGGCCAAUAUGAUGAGCCUGGCAGAGCACAUUAUUGAGGCGACUCCAGAGCGGAUCAAGCGGGAACAUUUUCCAGCUGUAGAGUCUGUUCCUCUGGACAACAGUGGCCUCACCAACACCAUGAGCUGGCUGGCCAGUUACCUGGGAGACGUGGAACACCUACCCAGCAUCAUUCACUUGAGCCCCAUUUACAGUGAACCCCUGACCCCUCCCUCCAACCCUAGCCUGAGCCCGGGUAACUCGCCCAUGCGUGAAGGCCCGUUUGAGAAGCCGACUUUGCCUGCUCCGGCCGAGUGGAGUGAGUUUCUUAGAGCCUCCAACAGCAAAGUGGAGCGAGAGCUUGCCCAGCUCACACUGUCCGACCCCGAGCAGAGGGAGCUCUACGAAGCCGCACGGCUGGUGCAGACUGCUUUCCGCAAGUACAAGGGACGGCCACUGCGCGAGCAACAGGAAGUAGCCACCGCUGUCAUUCAGCGCUGUUACAGGAAGUACAAGCAGCUAACAUGGAUAGCCUUGAAGUAUGCACUUUAUAAGAAGAUGACGCAGGCCGCCAUCCUUAUCCAGAGUAAGUUCCGCAGCUACCACGAGCAGAAAAAGUUUCAGCAGAGCCGGCGGGCGGCCGUACUGAUCCAGCAGUGCUACCGCAGCUACAAAGAGUUCGGCCGGCUCAGGCCUCACCGCAGAUCCGCCACCGCGGCACUGGUCCAGCACAAACUCAGAAGCAGUCUUCUCACCAAGAGGCAGGAUCAGGCCGCCCGCAAGAUCAUGAGGUUUCUCCGCCGCUGCCGCCACAGCCCCUUGAUGGACCAUAGACUAUUCAAGCGGGUGAGUGCAGCCUCAGCGAUUCAAGUGAGAGAAUUGAGAAAGGCCAGGGAACAUGAGAGCGUCCAGAAGAGCUCCCUCACAAUGUGACAUUACUCUCCAGACUCUUCCUUUCAGUUUUUCGGUUUCAACCAGAGACGUUUUACAAGAGGAAAAAAAAAAUACAAAAAUAGCAAGAACACUGCAACUCUUACUACUACUGUAUGACUGAUACUUCGGCUACUAAACAACUGCAUUUUUUCAUAUCUCUUUAUUCCUUCUAUUUUUCUUUUACGAAGGAAUGAGCCUAUUGCUGUGGAUCAAAAUAAACUCAAAGGACGUUGUUUUAGAAGAAACAACAUUCGCUUCGUGGCAUUUUUUGCACUUUUUAAAGGAUUGUUUUUGUCAUUUUUGGAUGAGCAUUUAAAUGUUUCAUUUGAAAAAGGGAAAAAAAUGGAAGAAGGGAAGCCCAGCUCUUCAGUGGCUUGUUGAAAGAGGAUAAAUGAAGAUAGAAAGAUGGUGACAAAAUAUAUGGAGUCAACACAGAAACAUGGCCGGACCUGUUCCGAGUGUUUUCAAAAGAUGACAAGAUGUGUUUAGUGGUUAAAAUUAUCAAAAAAAAGAAAAGAUAAGAUGAAUAAUUGAUGAAGUGUUUUUUGUACACGCUUUUCUCCACAGCCAGAGCAAUUGAUCAGAAACUUCCAAUCUGUCCAUUAAGGAUUGUCCGUCUUCUCUUAGCCACAAGGAGAGACUGGCUUGCAAAUGAAUGUAAAAGGUAAACAAGCAGGCUUGGGUGACCUGUCAAAUGCUGAAAUUAUUUUGCUAACAAGACGUGUGGAUAACACAGCUAUACGACAACUAUUUUCAAAUUGAUGAUAUUCAGCCACUAGAAACAAUUCCAAGUUAGCAAGACAUCGCUCUAGGCAGAUCUUGUCUUACGCAUGCUUGAAACUAGGCCACUUUUGUUUUUUAACUCCAUGAAUGUACUGGAGACACCAAACGCCAUCACCUCUGCCCGUUCUUUACUAUUGGCACGUUUGUAAUUCUUUCUGUUGUCAAUCCAAUGUUAAAUAGUCAUCGGUAAAGCCUUUAUUUGCCUAAAUAAUGAGGUUUUCUAAGGGAAAGUUGCAUACAUUGCCUUGAUAUCUUUGACACCGUUUGAAAGGUCUCCACACUCGGGGUUAGACAAAUCCAUAUUUUUGACAACUGAGCGGUUCCUGUAUAUAAAGAGGGUUGCCGGUACGUAAAGUAACACAUUUAUCUAAGCGGGAUUGUAUUUUAGAAAUAUAUUAUUUUACUCAUUGAAAGGGAUCAAAACAGAUUAGCGGCGAAACCUGAAUAUUUGUAUAGUUUUGUUUGAAUGCCUAAGAAGUAUGGUUGUAUCGUUUGUACAUAAUGUAAAUACCUGGGAUAAAGUCAAGCUACUGUAUGUGCAUGACAAAAACGAAGAUACAAAAAAAAAAAAAGAGUUCAAAAGCAUUAGUGGCUAUGCUCUGUAAAACUAUUUCACUAUAAGAGUAUUUUAUUUUACUUUAAAUGUUCUUGAGAAGAACAUUUUGCUAAAGCAUGACCUUCCUGCGAUUAUGAAAUACUGUAUUUAUGAGAUAGGAGAAAAAGGCAAAAUGAUCAUUAGGUUAUGUUUACAUCUGUUUGUUUCCUUUGUUUUUCGGGGCUACCAAGAAUCUUUUUGCCAACGGUGCCAAGUAAUGUGAAUGCUACUGCUUAAAGGAAGUUAUUCAUUGCUGAACAGAUAAUCACAUGGUAAAACGUGACUCACUUGCAUAACCGUUGAACGCAGCCGGUCAAGAAGAAAGGUGUAUUUCACAUAUCGUGUUUGGUUUAUUUGUAUAUUUGUUAGUUUCGUGCUUCAUAAGCCCAAAUACUUUUGUAUUUUUUUGUCAGUGAAAUGAUAUACAAAUGUUUUCCUGUGAUGAAUGCAGAAGUAAUGGACCUUACAGCAGCUUUAAGUAAGUCUACUUCAGCGAGGCGUGCAAAAAAAACACCCUGUGAGUUGAACGUGACGCUGAAAUAACCACGUGCACAGAAAGAUUACAGUAGGCUCCCUGUUAUGCAUGUAAAUGCUAUUCUUUUGGUGCUAAAACAUUGGCGUCAUACCUCCAAAGAUCAAUCUGUUUUAAUGGGGCCGCGGUACUUUUAAUAGCAGGUGUCGUCGUGGCUCUGGAAAAAGGAGAAAGUAUUCCUGAAAGUGAUGCACUAGAAAUGUGUGUAUUUCAGUUUCCCCUCAUGUCGAAAUGCUUCUUUUGUAUUUGAGUCAAUAGAUUGUCACCUAAAUGUUCUCUUGUGUUGGAAGUGCCUGAUCGUAUUCUAAAUCCAGCGAGCCGUGUCAGUCUGCAUGUGAGCUUUGCAAGAGACUGGCAUUAGUGAGAAGUGAAUUACAGUCUGCGUUUUGUUUGGUUCUUUUCCGUUUGGUACUUGUUUCUUUGUCCUUGCAUUUUACCACACCAGGAUUUUAUGGCUUCGUCAUAACUCACGUCCUCUAUUGGAACUGCCAGAUGAACCCGCGAGGACUGCAGAUUUCAGUCCGGCUGGUUCUUGCCUUGCAUUCAUCAUUCCGGUAGCAGUUUAGGUUGUCAGCUGAUGCACUGAAGUGGCAACUCGAGUCUUAUUAUGCUUGCAUGGGUAACAUAGAUAACCGGGUGGCUGAAACAGCACCCAAAGCAUGCUUAUUUUUGUAGAUUUGGUAGUCAGGUAGACUUGUUGAAGAAAUAUUGUUCUGUAAAGCAGCUGGUUUCAUGGGUUGCAGACAUUUCACCAGAGAGAGGGCUUUGAAACGUAACUUUACAGUACAAGAAAUCAAAACAUUUACCCCUGCAGUGAGACCACAUGUUAAAAUCACAAGUGAAAUGUUUGAUUUUGUAAUAUUUUAUCGUGGGGGGAAAAAGCGAGGUCACAUGUUCCAAAAUUUCCAUUUCACGUGUGAUCUCACACUCAUGUGGUUUUUCUGUAGGGCUACAGGGGCAGCAUGAAUAUAUUUUUUUCCAAAUAGAAUUUGGCUUUCUCUUUCGUUUUGGAAUUGAGUUUCACUUCACUUUCCAUUCCCAUUCCUUCACAACUCCUCCACCGCAGAAACAGGUAAAAACAAACUUGCGUACCUCAUAAGAAAAGACGCGCCUCAGAACUGUGUCCAUAUCUAUCCACGUUAAAGUGUCCAUGGCACUAGUGCAGUUGAAACCUCGGGUGUGAAUCCGUCGGGUUCACUUUUGUAUCUUAACUCAGGUGCCAAACUGGAGAAAAGGGGAAGAAGUAGAGCAGGUCACUUGAGAUUUAGUUGCUGCUUAUUGGGAAAUGAGCCAGACUGUCCUGAUCAAAUUACUGUGAUUCUGAACAUGUCAUGCUGUUCGCCUUUUUUUAAAUCAACUAUGUGAGCUGAGUUGGCGUACCUUCGCUCCCCAUUUGUUGAAAGAGCGGCACUCACUGCUGCUGUUGUAUAAGAGCCCGAUGGAAUGCAGCAGGUCUACACGAAUGCUAGUGUAAAUACGCAUGGAUGUGUUUUAGUUCAGCGCAGCUUCUCCGGUUCCUAUAGUCACUGCCGUGGACAUACUGUAUCACAAUAAAGAAUCAAAAGUGCUGCUCAGAUUGAUUCAUUUUCACCGUCAUCAUAUAGCCAUAGAUGUAGACGUUCAACAGGACAGCCGUAGUUUAUUAGCGCAAGACGGUAACCUCACCUGGUUGCAUACGGGUUCAUUUUAAUGGUAUCGCAGCUCAGCCCACAGAAGAUACCUCAUCCACUUUUGUUUGUCACGUCACCAAGAGACAGAGACUGCCUUUCCGUGCGCAUCCGUUCUUUAGAAAAGGGCAGAACAGGGCCCUAGAAAACACCCACCACCACCACUCAUGGACACAGAGCAAUAAGCAAUUCCUGAAGUGGAGACCUGUGUAGACCUAAUGGGGACAGCGAUCUGUUGGACACACGUAGCUGACUUACUCUUAUGCAAAUGCCAGUAUUGUGAGAUUAGAAUGCAGUAGUUUAAGGACAGUGCUUAUACGACACCCUUCAUUGAGCUGCACGUUUUCAUCCCUUUCAAACCCAGAAAAUAGCGGCCCUGUCUUUAUUACAAGCUACACUUGGGGCUCUCUACACUUUGCAUGUUAAACUAGUGUUAGAUCUACUUUCCUCUCCUCUCUAGCUGUCUUUUCUCUGUGUCUUUCCCAAUUAUGUAGCCCUUUCCUUUCCUACUAAACCCUGAUUUUUUUUUUUUUUUGUUUCUUCUUUUUUCUAAAUGUCUCUGUUUUUCCUCCUUCCCCCUGGUUUGAGCAAUUUAUUUUUGUAACUGCAUGUUAAAGAGUCACUGAAUCGAUGGAUAUGUUAAAAAAGAGAAUUCAGCUGCUGAAGCCAUGCAAAAUGUUUUGAAUUGCCCUUAAAAAUAUGAAAGAUGUUUUCUGAAUGCUUUAUAUUCUCUCUGCUGUAAAAUAAUAAAAGGGGAAAAACUUAA